AUGAGAGUUCGAAAUUUACAGACAUAUUUACGUGAACAGAAAUGUGUCCGAGUGGGCAAUUUGUCAAUUUGUAGAGGAAUGCGUCUAGGAAUUGACGCGGUAUAUUUUUUCAAAUCAUUAAAAUCAUUAAAUGAUCCAUUAAGUGAUGCAUAUGCCUCAUUGUCACCCUCGUUUAUACCAUGUUUGGAGGAACAAUUGAACUUGAUGAUGGCAUUGGAAUUACAGCCAUUAUUUGUAUUCCAAGGAAUGCAGCCGAAGUCACAUAUGUUAUUGUCAGCACAGAUGAUUGGAUUCACAAUGCAUGACGGCUGGGCAGCAUAUGUAAAAGGAGAAGAGUCAUUAGCAUUGAGCAAGUUCUCACAACAUAUAUACAAGGAGUAUUCAGAAGAUACUCUACAGUUGUUAAUGUCAUAUUUAAAAGGAAAAGGAUAUGAAAUAAUAAGAGCACCAUACCUGGCAAGUAGUCAGUUGGUAUAUUUUAUGCAAGAAGGUUUGAUUGAUGCAGUGAUUGGUCCACCAUCGACAUUACUAUUUGGUGUACCAAGAGUUAUCAUGGGAUUGGAUUUGGUGAAAAGUACAUUUGAGUGGGUGGAGUUAGAUGAAUUAUUAUCCACCUGGUCAAUAGAUAGAGAACAAUUUAUAGACUGCUGUCUAUUAGCAGGAACAGAACAUUGUCUAAGUUAUCCAUUGUUGACUCAGCCAUUUUCAUUUUCUAACGCCAUUGAAUAUAUUAAGCAAGCUCCUUUGAUUAAAUAUUUAUACCAACUACCGACUAGAGAUAGGAUAAAUGAAUAUAUUGAUGGAUACUGUAUUGCUAAAUCUUUAAUUACACAUCCACUGGUCAUGACACUUGGUGGUGAGGUGACGAACUUGUCUAAAUCCGACUCGUUACCAUCAGAUUAUCAUAAAAUCGUAGGAUCGAAAUUACCAAAGCCGUUAUAUUAUUUAUUAAGUGAAGGAUUAAUUUCUGUACAAUUACCAUUUGCAUUGGCGUUGGGUGAAUGGAUUGAUGAGCCGAAUCAAAAUGCCGAUUCACUCGAGUUUAGAGAUUUGUUGACAGAUUUACGUGAAUAUCAAUGUAGAGCAUUGGGAUUGCUAGUGAUGAAAUUGGAUGAUCAGUUUCGAACAAAACAGAUUAGAUAUCCAAGAUAUGUCUCAUUAAUGAAAACACAUGCCAUGAAACAAUCGGCUAAAUUAUUAAUACCAAAUACAUGUCAAAUUAAAAAUUGGUACAUUACUAAAGAAUUAUUAGAUUUAGAAAUGAAACGACAAAAUACACAAGAUAUUGGACUUGAAUUUUGUCUUAAUUGGCAUAAUUUCCAAGGUCUACAAUUAUUAUAUAAUGGUAUCAAUACUAAUGGUAUUAAUUCCGUUACGGUGCUUGCUCACACAGAUAUUACCAAUACUAAUACUAAUAAUAAUACUAAUACUAGUAGUAAUGGAGUUGUUAAUGAGGGAGUUGGUGGGGAAGGUGAUGCCGUUGGACCAAGCACCGUAACGGGAGACACCGUAACGGAUGACACCGUAACGGGAGAAGAUAUAAAAGUAAUGAAUGUAUUAUUGAAUUUUAUGUUAUUGGAGAAUUUGGGAUAUUUUACAAAUGAAUUGGGUUCGACAGCAUUUGGUCGUGUAUUAUCAAGUUCAGGUUUAGGAAUGACAGGAUUAUUAAUAUUAGAAUUGAUGAAGUUUGGAUUAUUUACAGGUGAACCAUUUGAAUCACCACCAGAUGUACCAUAUGCACCGGAAUUACAAUAUAAAUCGGAUGAUAAAAGAUUACAAAUGAUAAAUCUAAUUGGUAGAUUAGGUACAUUAACAAAUGUAACAUUAGAUACUAGAAUUUGGAUGGGUAAAAUUGAUUUCGAUAUUGCUUCAUUUAAUAUGGUGGUCAAAUUCCUUAAAAGAACCAUAAACUACUUGACUGAAUCAAGUCUAUCAUAUUUAUUAUUAAGUGAUAUUAAUAGAUUUGCACAUUUAAGAAAUGGUGUUUUCGAUCCAUUAAACCCACAGUUACCAUUAUUUUAUAGUAAACCUUCAUUUCUAGGAGUUGUUUUAAAAGUACUCUUGCUAGAAAAUUUGACAUUAGAAAGUUUAAAUAGGACAUUUCCCAACUGUAUUAAUUUAAAACAAGAUUUAACCGAUUUUACAAUCUUCUGGUCCAAAAUCUAUACCAUGUUACAUAAUCUGUCUUAUUUAAUACAGCUAGGUGAUGUUUUAGAAUGUUUUGAUGGAGCUACUUUAUUAUUAAAGAAUAAAUUCGAUAAAUUGGGAAUUGAUACUAAUAUUCUUAAAUUAUAA